AUGCCACCCUACAGGUUAGUUUUUGGUAAAGCGUGUCAUUUUCCGGUGGAGAUGGAACAUAAAGCUUAUUGGGCAAUGAGAGAGUUGAAUAUGGAUGCCCCAACAACAAGAUAUCAUAGGUCUUUGGAGCUGAAUGAGAUGGACGAGUUUCGUAACGAGGCCUAUGAGAACGCUAAGAUCUAUAGAGAGCGUACUAAAGCUUGGCAUGAUAAAAAUCUUGUUCACAAGGAGCUUCAACCUGGGCAUCAUGUGUUAUUGUUCAAUUCUAGGUUGAAGUUGUUUCCAGGUAAAUUGAAGUCGAGAUGGUUAGGGCCAUAUACAAUGGUGAAUGUUUUCCCUUAUGGUGCAAAGGAAUUGAAAGAUAAGUACAAUAAAAUGUUCAAAGUGAAUGGUCAGCGAGUUAAGCCAUACUUGGGUGGUCCCAUUGAUCAAGCCAAGUCUGUCCUCCUCUUAAAGCCAUUAUGA